AUGUGGAAAAAAGAAUCGGACAAUGCUUCAGCAUUGUUUGUGGACUUAUUUGCUUGUGAAAAGUACGACGAUGGAAAAAUGUUUGAAGAAUGGGAUCGCAAAAUACGAAAUUCAGACUGGGAACACAAUUACCCGUAUAUGAAAAGAGCAGCAGUGAAAAGUGACAAAACUUCCGAUUUUUAUCUCGCUCAAGGUGAUUCAUAUCGAAAAUGUUGCUUCGAUGCAAACGCCAGAGUAAAACCUGGUCUAUAUGCGACGAUUCAAUUGUAUAAUCAGUGUUUAUGUUUCGCUGAAAUUGGCAGUAAAAACGUUGGUUUUGCAUAUGCGAAUCGUGCCAUUUGCUUUUUACACUGCGGAAAGCAUUCGGAGUGUUUCAAAGACAUUGAAUUGGCCAUUGCAGCGAAUCAUCCACCCGAAUUGUUGCCGGAUUUAAUGAAACUAAAGCAAGAGUGUGAAGGGAAUUUGGAAAAGUUUAAAAAAAUGAAUAACCGUUCGUGCCACACUCAAUCGUAUGGAAAGAGGGUAAUUGAUCCACAACUAAGCUUCUCACCACAUGAAAAAUUUCCGUGCAUGGCAAAUGUGUUGGAAAUUCAAGAAAAUGAGGAAUUCGGUCGGCAUGUGGUGGCCACUUGUGAUAUUGCUGUCGGUCAAACGGUAUUGGUUGAAGAGAAUUAUGUGUCACAAAGCUCGAAGAGUUUUAACCUCGUCCAUUGCGGCACUUGUCUACAAUAUUCAGGGAGCUUAUUCCCCUGUUCAAAAUGCACGGAUGUGAUGUUUUGCAGUGAAACAUGUCAGAAUCAAAAUGAACUUCACCACAAAUUUUGCGGUGCGAAUUUCGAACGAAUGCCGAGCCACAUCAGAUUUAUAAUCAGAUCGAUGUUGAUUGGAAUCAUUGCAUUCACAAGUGCCGAAGAAAUGAUGGAAUUCGUGGAAAAUACUUUGGCGAAAAGGACGACACAAGUACCCGAGGCAGCUAACGAUGAAAAGUCAAAAUACGCACUGUUUCUCAACUUGAAAGGACCACGAGGGGACAAAUUCGAUGUGGAAACCACUUACAAAGUUUACACUGGACUUUUGGACAUUGCAUUGAUUAAAUCCAUGUUUGAUUCGCAACAAAGUCAACGAUUUCUCAUGCACUUUGCCGCAGAACAUGUUUCGAUCAUAUCCAGCCUUAUUGUUGCACGAAAUUCAAAUUUCAAUCCACUGGCAUGUCGGCCAACUAUUCGCGCAAUUCCAAAUGUAUUCUCUUUAUUCAACCAUUCUUGUGCGGCGAAUCUUCUGAAUCUAUCAUUUGGCAAUAGCGAAGUGUGCAUCACAAUACGCCCGAUUAAAAAGGGUGAUCAAUUAUUUGUAAAAUAUUUGGAUGCAGGAAUUCAAUCAAAACCACGCUCAAGGAGACGACGACAAGACGCGCUUUUGAAAUAUUGGGGCUUUCUUUGCAAAUGUGAUAAAUGUGAACCAAACUGCAAACCAAAACAACGCGCCAAAAUGAAGUCAGAUGAAAAUUAUCAGUUUUUAUCGAAAGCUCGGUGUAACUACUACAAAGGAAUUUGCGACCGCACCGAAUUGUCGAGCAAAUGCAUUGCAUUUUUGGAAAAAUUCGGCCAUUUACCGUGGUCUGAGGAAAUGAAUUUAGUUUUAGAUGUUUACACCAAAUGCUUACUCGAUGAUUAUGCGAAUUUAUAUAAUUUUUGUUGA